AUGAGUAAAGAUGUAGAGUUUAUGGAAGGAGAGGGUAAACAGUUUAAGAAGCUGGGCAAGUGCCGUUCAAAAAGUAAAGUAGAGUAUCCACUUGAUUGUGGAGUGGAUGCAGAGAAUGAUCAGAAUGGUCAAGGGAGCUCCUCAUCACGUGAGGAAAAAGUCAGCAGCCUUAGAACGGGACUGGUCCAUGUUGCACGGAAGAUGCCAAAGAAUGCCCAUGCUCAUUUCGUACUCGGGCUAAUGCACCAAAGAAUGGGUCAAGCUGAAAAGGCAAUUAUGGCCUAUGAGAAGGCCACUGAGAUUUUAAUUCGGCCUGAAGAGGACAUUGACCGGCCAGAUUUGCUUUCACUGAUUCAGAUUCACCAUGCUCAGUGUAUUUUGCUAGGAAGCUUAGAGGACAGCAAGUCGGACCAAGAACUUGAGCCCCAAGAACUUGAGGAUAUUCUUUCUAAGUUAAAAGCAUCUAUGGACUCUGAUGUUAGGCAGGUGUCGGUCUGGAACACAUUGGGUGUUAUACUAAUUAAAACUGGGCGUUUGCAGAGUGCAAUAUCAGUUUUCUUGGCAUUGUUAGCCAUUGAACCCAACAACUUGGAUUGCCUAGGAAACCUUGGGAUUGCUUAUUUUCAAAGUGGGAAUUUGGAACUUUCAGAGAAGUGCUGUCAAGAUCUGGUGUUGAAGGAUCAAAACCAUCCCUCUUCCUUAAUCAAUUAUGCUGCCCUUCUUUUGUGUAAAUAUGGUUUGGUAGUUUCGGGUAACCUUCUCAUGGUGCCAGGUGCUGGAGCAAAUGGUGAUGAUGGAGGGACAUCUGCUGAUCAAGUUGCUGCGGCCAGUACUGCUAAAGAAUGUUUAUUAGCUGCUGUGAAAUCAGAUCCCAGAUCAGCACAUCUAUGGUCCAAUCUAGCUAAUGCUUAUUCGUUGAUGGGUGACCAUCGAAAUGCAAGCAAAUGCUUGGAAAAGGCCGGAAAGCUGGAGCCUAAUUGUUUGGCUACGAGGUAUGCUGCUGGAAUUCACCGGACCAGGGAUGCAGAAAGGUCUCAAAACCCAAGUGAGCAGCUCUCUUGGGCUGGAAAUGAGAUGGCUUCCAUACUUCGAGAGGGAGAUUCAUCCAUGAUUGAUCCCCCUAUAGCUUGGGCAGGCCUUGCUUUGGUUCACAAGGUUCAACAUGAGAUAGCUGCAGGCUUUGAGAUUGAGAACGAUGAUUUGGUGGAAGUCCAAGAACGUGCCAUACAGAGUCUCAAACAGGCAAUAGAGGAAGACCCGGAUGACGCUGUGCAGUGGCAUCAAUAUGGCCAUCAUGAUCUUUGUACUCAACAGUUUAAAACAUCACAAACUUAUCUAAAGGCUGCUGUUGCUCGCCUUAAGGAUUGCAGUUUUGCUUGGUCCAAUCUUGGUAUUUCAUUGCAGCUAUCUGGGGAUACUUCACAAGCGGAAGAGGCUUACAAACGCGCUUUAGCACUGACUACAUCUCAACAGGCACACGCAGUAUUUUCCAACCUGGGAAAUCUCUUCCGGCAAAUAAGGAAAUAUGAUCAGUCAAAGGCUAUGUUUUCCAAGGCCCUUGAACUUCAUCCAGGUUAUGCUCCAGCAUAUAACAAUCUAGGCCUCGUGUUUGUGGCCGAGGGUAGGUGGGAAGAAGCCAAGUUCUGCUUUGGCAAGGCCAUUGAAGCAGAUCCGCUGUUGGAUGCGGCAAAGUCUAACAUGUUAAAAGCGGCCAGUAUGUGUAGAAUGUAUUCAUCUCUAACACCUAGUUCGGGCUGA